GGGAGUGGUCGCGCGCUCACUUCCGCAAGGCGCGCGGGCUCCGGGCGCAUAUGGAGGCGGCGCGGAGGACGAGGCUGAGCCUGAGCCGCCGGAGGCCGCCCUCGAGGGUCGGGCCCCGCAGCGACCCCCCCGGGUCUCCCCCGGACGGCGGCGAGUGUGCGCGGCUGUGGGCUGAGCUGCUACGCGUGGCGAGCGCGGAUCUGAGCGUGGACGGCGAGCUGCCGCCGCUGCCUGCGUUUCCCGGCCAGGAGCCGAGGCGCAGCCCUGAGCGCGCGCCCAUGGAAAGCUUCACCGUGGGAACGGAGACUUUCUCCUGGACGCCCUUCCCGCCGCCCCCAGCGCGAGGCAGGGACCCAGGCCGCUCGUACCGGGUGCUCCGCGGGGCCGGGGGGCGCCCUGGGUCCCCCGCGCGGUCCCCCCGACGACCCCUCGUGCCCGAGCCCCUCAGGACCCCCAGGGCCGAGGAGCAGCUGCCGGACGAGCUGCCCUCCGAGGGGAAGAGGUCCGUGGAGGGGCCGCCCAGCCUGCAGAGCUGUCCCAUGUGCCAGGCUGACUUCACCCGCGGAAGCAAAACCAGCCCUGGAGGGUGAAGGGAGUGGCCUCUAGAACUAGCUGCUGCUGACAGACAAAAAGUCAUCAAACCAGGUAUCAAAACAUGUAGCACAAAACCACGCAGGAGAGAAGAAACUGGCUGGAGUCAAACAUCCAGGCUCCUCCAGGGGUGAUGUCUCCCUGCACCCAGCCCUUGGGAGUCUGGUGUGGUGGGUGAGGCGGAAGGGCACCCCUUCCACACAGCCCCCUGACGGCAGGGUGGGGGCAAGGGGAGCAGCGGGCUGUGGGCGUGGGCGAAGCACCGCCUCCCCCGGCCGGCUCGCGGGGUCAGGCUUGGCCGGAGGGGCAAGAUGCCUGUACAGCUAGUAGCACCGAGAAUUUGCAAACCAUUUCCAGACGCAGCAUCUCACUGCACACGCCUCUCGCCUGCACCGGUGCUUCAGCUGGUUGUGGGCUGCAAACACCAGCCCCCUGACCCUCCUGAGGAAGCGGCGAAUGCUCUUUAAAACUCCAAGUCCUCUUGAUUCACAGCCUCAGAAGAAACCCGGGGACGGAGAUACUGCUGGGAGUGCUGAGGGUCAUUGGUUUUCUUGGCAGAGGAAGCCCUUAGGCUUCCUGAUGCUGUCAGGGCGCCCCAGCCCCUCCUCCCCCUCGUAGGGGCAGCUUCGUUCUUGGGCCGCCUUCUUUCCUCUGUGGCCUGGAAGAGCCCCCUGGGGAUGGGGGUUCCAGCCGGGCGCCUCAGAUCUCAGUAGUCAGUGGCGGGGGGGGGGUCUGGAUCUCCACGUGUCUGGAAUGCUUCUAGCAGCUUCUUCCCUUUGAUUGAAAAGGAGGGCGUGUGCCCUUGUCAGGCCAUGGCCUAAGACUACAGGUGACAGGGAGACACUGUUGAGGGACCGGGGCUGGGGGGGGCGGCGGCAGGGAGACACACAGAGCCACGGGAGGGUCCCAGUUAGGGCUGGACGCAGAAACAGGACUGUCCCUAGAAAACUGUACUUCCAAUGAUUCUGGGGGAUGCUUUUGAGCAGAGAUGGAGGCCGGGGCCCCUGGGCCCAGGGAGCAGGAUCUGGAAAGGCCUUUUCCGGUUUGGUGGCUCCUCCCUGUGGUUUCUCUGAGAGCGUGGCCAGCAUGUCCCUCUCUCCUCCGCAGGCUGGCCCCACUGGACAUCGACGGCCACCUGGCCCGGUGCCUGGCGGAGAACGCGGGAGACGGGUGGUAGCGGCGCCCCAGCUGCCAGGCCUCCGCUCCGCGUGCUGAAGUCCUGCUGCAAAAGCGUGUCGGUGCAGGAGCCACGUCUUUUCUCUGGGUCCAGAGCGAAACAUCGGGUCCUUUUUUCUCUUUGGCUGAUGCUGCGUAGGGCGCUGGCUGAGGUGGACAGGCCACUCGGCAGACGACCAGCCCCAGGCAGGCGGCAGGGAUCCUGUCCCGAGCAGUGUGGGUAUCUGUGCCGGAGCUGGCGCAAGGGCACACGUCCUGCUGGCUGCACGGGCUCAGCUCACAUCUCAUGACCGUGUUCUGAUCCCCUGGGCGAACCUGUUCCUUUUGCAGCCGCAGGUGCCUGUCAGUGCCUGCAGCAGCUUCCCCGUGAGUUGGGACCUUAAGGGUGGGACCCGGCCAGCCGGUGACACCUCCUGCUCGGCCGUGUUUUGUGCAGACUCUGUGCAGCUGGGAAAUGGGGCCAGAGCGGGUGGAGGUGGUUUUCCUUCACGGGCUGUCGGCCCACGGGUUCUGGAAGUGCCUUGUCUCCACCUCCGCCACGCAGCCGCGGCCCUGGCGGCGGGACGGGCAGGAAGGGAAGGCCAGGCUUCUUCCAGAAGCUGUAUUUUCCUUUCAAAGACACCUUCUGAGGGGCCGCGAGAAGACAUGGGGGAAGCGGAAGGGCAGUUACUCAGCCAGAGACGUGGCCUAAAGAGGCUGCCUGCUGUGAGUCCCAGUGCAGGACGUUCUAGAAAGGGCAAAACUGCGGAGAUGCUACCAAGCUCAGUGGCUGCCAGGGCUUAGGGAGGAGUGGGCGGUCUGCAGGUGGAGCUCAGGGUUUGGGAGCAGUGAAAAUACCCUGGGUUACAGUGGUGUUUCCACGACACGCAUGUCAAACAUGGGUCCGAACCACAGACCCUGUGACCCAGAUGUCGGUGCCCCUUCUGCGGGAUGGGGACGAGGACAGGGGCCCCGGGGACUCUGUACCCUACCCUCACUUUUGCUGUGAACCUAAAACUGCUCUAAAGAAUAAAAUCUUUCUUAAAAAACA